AUGAGCUUUGAAAACAAAGUCGUAAUAGUAACGGGCUCCAGCUCCGGUAUCGGUGCAUCUACAGCAAUCGAGUUUGCUAAAGAAGGUGCACAUGUGGUUUUAGUUGGAAGGAACGAAGCAAAACUUAAAAAUGUUUCCCAGCAGUGCGAGAAGGUUGGCAAGAAACCUCUCAUUGUCAAAGCCGAUGUGUCAAACGACGAUGAUGCUAAAAUUAUAAUAAAUAAAACCAUCGAAAACUUUGGGAAGCUAGAUGUACUUGUCAAUAAUGCUGGUAUGGGUGUAGCCCAUGAUAUUCUGAAGGAUGAUUUCAUGAAGACGUACGACCGUAUAAUGAUUACUAAUUUGAGAGCACCCGUCUAUAUAACACACUUAGCAAGUCCUUACCUUAUUAAAUCAAAAGGAAAUAUCAUUAAUGUAUCAAGCAUAGCCGGAAUUUCUACUCUGGAAUUAGAAGAUUCAAUCCCAUAUAGUAUUUCAAAAGCUGGACUUAGUCAUUUCUCACGGAAUAUUGCUCUUAAAUUAGCACCGUAUGGUAUACGUGUCAAUGUUGUUAGCCCUGGGCCUGUGUACACUGAUAUUUUAGCUAAUUCCUCAUUUGAUGAAGCUUUGUUUGAACAGUUUAAACUUCGUACAGCGCUUAAACGGGUGAGUGAGCCUAAAGAAAUUGCUGAUUUGAUACUUUUCUUAGCCAGCGACAAAGCUAAAGGCAUCACUGGUUCUGAUUUUGUUUCGGAUAACGGUAGGUUAUUAAUGUAA